UUUCUUUAUAGUUACAAAUCCUAGCAGAGAUUCAUCAAAUAUUAUGUGAUUGCUUGGUCGAUUAAGCUAAUAGAUGAUAUAUAAAUUAUAGUUUUCACUCUAUUUUGAUCAGGAACACACACCGAUCGUUUUUUUUUCUUUCUUCCUGAACGUUUAGUACUUAUCCUUUUGUGUAGUGUUUUCUCUAGCAAGUAAAGUAGUUAGUUACUACUAUUUAUGGAAUUCGUUUGUGAUUUUUGAGAAUCGAGUUAGGGUUGAUGUUGGUAGUGUUGUUGGAUACUAAAAAUUUUCAUUCUGAGUCUCCUUGAAUAUUUCUCGGUUUGCAUGAACAGAGUGAAGAUGAGGUCGCUUCAGACACCGGUUGUUUGCCCUAGUGUUCGUCCCAGACAAUUGGGUGUCUCUGCUUCACUUGUCAACUGCUCUGUUUCGAAACCUAGGAUUCUCAAAAACCAAUUCUGGGGUAAUGAGACCAGAAACGUCAAGUCCCAGGUUGCUACUGUAAGUCUUCAGCUCCAUCUUCGGAGGUGUAAGAGUAUAACAUGUCUUUUCAGCUCACAUUCUGAUGGCUCCGGAAGCACAGCAGAGAAUUUCAACGAGAACGAUGAGGAUUAUGUCAAGUCUAGUGUACUGGAAGCUGUUGAGGUAAAGAGUGGACCAGAUGGUUUCAUGGUGAAGAUGAGGGAUGGUAGGCAACUUAGAUGUGUCCACAACAAUCCUCAGGGAGGGAAUCUUCCAAAUUAUGCCCCACACUCGGCAAUUGUGCUGAAAAUGGAAGAUGGAACUGGUCUCCUUCUUCCUAUCAUCGUCUUGGAGAUGCCUAGUGUGUUACUUAUGGCAGCAUUGACAAAUGUUCAAAUAGCAAGACCCACCAUGUACCAAGUGGUAACGGAGAUGAUAGACAAAAUGGGUUACGAGGUUAGGCUUGUUAGAGUUACCACACGAGUUCACGAGGCAUAUUUCGCAGAGUUAUAUCUUUCAAAGGUGGGUGAUAAGUCGGAGUGUGUUAGCUUCGAUCUUCGACCUUCAGAUGCAAUUAACAUAGCUGUUAGAUGCAAGGUACCAAUCCAAGUCAACAAGUAUCUAGCUUAUAGUGAUGGAAUGAGAGUCAUAGACUCGGGAAAGCUAUCAAAGCAAACACCUGCCUCAGAUGGUUUAUUAUUUCAUGAACUAGACCGGCCAAAUGGUCAGCCUUGUUUUGAUACAAAAGAGUUUGAUUUAUUGAGGAACAUGAUGCAAGCUGUUAAUGAAGAGCGGUAUGAUGAAGCCGCUGAGUGGAGAGACAAGCUUGGCCAGUUUCAGGCAAAACGCAAAUUAAAGAAAUACACAUGACAGGCAGGUCGGACUGAGACAAGGUAAUUAAUAAUAUUAUAACUUAUGUGAAUAAUAAAGAAGCCAUUGCUACUAGAAAAGCUGUGAUCAGAUCAAGCGGUGGAACAUUGGCUUAGCUUGCACAAAACAAAAAAUAUCUAUGGUAUGAUGGAGAUUGUAGAUUACUUUUCUCUGUCUAUACACUUGUGCACGUACUGUUAGUUUAAAUCUCAAGAGAAGAGACAAAAAACAACCAAAAAAAUGUAUGUAACGUGAUCGUGAUGUGUACAUAUUUUAUUACAUUCAUCUUCUAAAAUAUCCUACUCUAAUUAAAAAUCUAAAAAUCAUAA